UCUCGGGGUUUCUUAACCGAGAGUCACGUGACCCUGAUGUCGGCGUUAGCAGUGGUGAUAAAGUGUCAAAUGCGUGCAUAUUGACCUCCAAGCCUUUAAAUACAGACUAAAAGAAAACCGAGACCGGUAAAGGCGGACUUUAUUGGGCGUUUACCCAAAGUAACAGUCCUUUACGAGUCUUUUACCUUCGUUUGGUUUGUUUUGUUUUUCUUCUUUGUGACGCCAACGUUAGCCUAGCUAAAACGGCUCGGCUAACCGUAGCUAACUAGCUGUUUGUUGUUGCUGUGAUUUUAUCCCGGAGAAGAGACAUGAUCCCUGCUGGCGGACAGUCAUGGGGAGCGACGGGAGUGAUGUUACCCCUCAUUUUAGCUGCUGUCCUGCAUCAGAGUUUUGCCAGCGUUGUCCUGACGACGCCCGCCCAAACCACCGCUGCACCGCACAAAGACCCCGGGCGCCCCGAAAGGGGAACGUACCACGUGGCCAACGGCAACAACACAGUCUGUUUACUGGCUUACAUGGGCCUCCAGCUCAACAUCACCUACAACUCCACCUCCCAGAACAAGAUUGUGCAGGAGGUUGUGAACAUUAAGCCUAAUGUGACGCUGGCUUCAGGCUCGUGCGAAGCAGAGAGGGCAGUGCUAGAGCUGAAAACGGAUGCAAAUAAAACCGUCCUCACCUUUGUCUUCACUCAGAAUACUACAUCCAGCAAGUACCACCUAAGUGAAGUGUCUCUGACAACAACUGUGCCAGAUCCGAAAGUGGGUAACUUCUCCACUAAGAACAGCAGCCUGGACUUCCUGCAGGGAACUGUGGGAUACUCCUACAUGUGUCGUAUGGAGCAAACUCUGACCGUGUCCCAGAAUUUUUCCAUCAGUACCUUCCAGGUGCAGCUGCAGCCCUUUGGGAUAUCAGGAGAUACGUUUGGAGCAGCUGUGGAAUGCCAGCUGGAUGAAGAUGGCAUGUUGAUCCCCAUCAUAGUCGGAGCGGCUUUGGCGGGGCUCGUCCUCAUCGUCCUCUUGGCCUACCUCAUCGGGAGGAAGAGGAGCCACGCUGGUUACCAAACCAUCUGAGCUCAAGGAGCUGAUAGUAGGUGCCGGAGCGGGCUCUCCCACUCCUGAAUUAAACCACUCAACCUCCCCCCCCUCCAUCCUUUACCUCUCAGUGUGUUUCCUCCUCUUCUUCGCCUUCAUCAGUAACACUAGACAUGUGGUUUCUUGCUGACAACUUUCAUACUAAAGGGAUCUGCUGGGGGAUUGUAAUGAGAUUAUUAAAACUCUUCACUGGUACCCAGUAAAGCAGGGGAUGCAUGUUGAUCAGAGCGUCAUGCUGCUUUCUUCUAUUUAUGAUUUCUGUGAAAGGAAUGCGGAGGGAUUGUAGGACCUGAGCAGACUGUUACUUCACCAUUUCUUGGGUGGCCAUUUUUAUUGGUCCUACCCAGAGUUUAGUUGUUUGAAAAAGGGAAUAAUUCUGCCAGUUGCAUUUCAUUCAGCACCAACAUUUAUAGGUCCCGGGGGUGGUUUUGUUUGUUUUCCUGGCCCUGUUUGGGGUUUUGUUUGUUAAAAGGGAAAGAUGUUGCACUGAAAUAAAAAAAAAUUCAAAGUGGCCAAACAUUCCUGUCGGUGUUGAUCGGUGCCUUGCCAGCUGUGACGUGGGUGGGAUCCAGUUAAAGCUAAUAUCACAGAGGAACUGAUGCAGUGUGCUGCCAUGUAAGGGACAUGUGUCUCACAUAGCCUCCAUGUACUGUUACUACAACUAAAACUUGCAUUGUUUCAAGGUCGAACUUAUUUAUGUAUUGUUUUGUUUUCUUCUCAAUAUUCACACAAUGAUUGAAUAAUAAUGUUUUAUUGGAUUUGUUUUUAAAGCAGAAGUCAAUAAAGGCAAAUAAAGGAA